UAAACAUAUCAUUUGUUCUCUCUUUAUCUUUUUAUAUGUGCCAUACAAAUAUUCCUCCUCUUGUUACAUGCACUCAAUUGAAUUUUGUAAAAGGUUGUAGGAUCAAGGCUAUAUGAAGAGGCUAGAAAAGAGGGGCGAACAUAAAAAAAAACCCAGCAAAAAUGCCUUUGAAGAUUGGUACACCUAGGUUGGAUUUAGUGAACUUAUAUUUGGAGGGUUAGAUAAGUCAACUUAACCACCCUAUUUAAAAAGAGACAGUAUCCCAUGCAGUAUACUUACUUCACCUGCAACUGGCUUCAUCAAUAAUAAAAGCAUUUAUUACUUUGAUGAAUUCCCAACCAACCUGUCCACCUUAGUCAACAAACCAUUAUCUCCUAGAAAGAAAGCUAAAGAAAAGAAAAAGAGAAACCAAGAAAAGAAAAGAAAGGAAAGAAUGUCGAUCAACACCCUAUCCUUCUUGUCUUUGCUUGGCUUUCCAUCUAAGCCCCCUCUGCCUCCUUUUCCGCCCCAACUUGUCCCUUCAAGAAACCUCUCUCUCCAUCACCACAACCCUCUCCUGCCCUUGCUCUUCUUGCCUUCCAAGCUCUCAUUUCAUCCAAUAUCCAUCUACUUAUACAUAAUUCUGGUUCUUAGAUGCUUCUAAUUAUCGUUAAGAGAAAAACCUCCAUGCCAUCCAAUCCAAAUUCAGUUCUCAGGUGAAGUUUUUGUUCAGACCCUUUUGUUGUCACAGUUGUAUAGCAUCAUCUUUACACAACUCUUAUAUAUACAUUUUUUUUUCUCUUUUGGAGCUUCUGGUUUAGUUAUUUGAAACUCUAAUGCAGAUGAUCUUGAUUGUUUGUUCCACCUUGUCAAGUUUUCAUUUCUGUUCACUGACAAUCUUCUUGCUUGGUGGGAAGAAAGAAAGAAAUAUCAUGUUAUAAAGUUUUAAGUAGGAUUAGUCCCAUAGUCUCUUAAAUUUGCCAUGGGGUCUCUUGGCAGCCCAAAAAUUUGGGUGCCAUAUAUUAGCACCAAGGACUGUUCUCAGGGUUUCUGUAGCUUAUACUGCCCACAGUGGUGCUACAUCCCCGCCCCUCCUCCACCUUAUUUUGAAUUUCCUGACGAAAAUUCAGGUCCAAAUUUCUCCCCUCUUGUUAUCGCGAUCAUCGGCAUUUUGGCAAGUGCUUUUCUUCUUGUUAGUUACUAUACCAUAAUUUCUAAAUAUUGUGGGAACAUGGAGAGGGAGAGAAGAGAAAACCAGGACAUAAAUGAGGAAUUGGAGGACAAUCACAAUCCGGCACUCCAUGAGCCAUGGCAUGUUGCUACCACUGGCUUGGACGAGGCUCUGAUCAAGUCCAUCACUCUCUGUAAGUACAAGAAGGGAGAUGGGUUGGUUGAAGGGACAGAUUGCUCGAUUUGUCUCAGUGAGUUUGAAGAAGAUGAGAGCUUAAGGCUCUUGCCCAAGUGCAGUCAUGCUUUCCAUGUCCAGUGCAUUGAUACAUGGCUUAAAUCUCACUCCAAUUGCCCUCUGUGUCGAGCUAAUAUUGUUCCUACUACUGUUUCACCGACUCAACUCCCUCCACCAGUGAUGGAAAGUCCACUAAAUAAUGAACCUUCGCAGCAAAGCCAACUUGAGCAUGAAAAUGUAGCUGUAGGAGAAGAUUUGGAAAGGGUUGCGGAAGAAGAGGAAAUAAUGCGCAAUGAGGUAAUCCCAAAGACCCCAUCGCGGGUUUUUAGCGAUUUGGGGAAUUCAGAGGGGAGAGAUACCAUAAUUGAGAUUAGAGAUGAAGGAGAACAACAGAUACGGAGAUCAAUUUCCUUGGAUUAUUCAUGUCAGAACCGUCUUUCAGUAGCCGACAUUUUGCUCAUGAACGAAGAUGAAGAUCCCCAGAUGGGUGAUUGCGAUUGCCAGUUUCCAGGUCAUGUUGGAUCAUCAAAAGUAACAGUAGGAGAAAUCAGCAAGUACAGCCAUAGAAACAGGGUGUUGCAGUGUGUGAUGAGUCCUGUCUCAAUGAAGAGAUCAUUCUCAAGCGGGAGAUUGUUGUUGACUAGGCAUGCCAGAGAACGGGAUGGGAUAAUUCCCACAUUCGAGAGAAGAUUAGAUUACUCAUGAACCAAAAAAACAAGAGGGAGGGGUCUUGGUGUGAAGACUUGUAUUGUUUUACUACUAAUCUUAUUUAGAUGUUAGUGUGAGAAUUCUCUUCCACAAAAUGAUGAAGAAAAUUUCUCCCUGUUUUCCAUGACUCGUGUUUUGCUUCCAUCUUGGUUUCUCCGCCUACAUUGUUUGUGGUUCAGUAAAGAUCAUAUGCUUUGGCUUCAAUUUCUUAUAUAAGAAGUUCCCAAUUCUUAAA